GAGCUUCCUGUCGAGAACGAGAGCGAAACUUAAGCGGAGCGAAAAUUGAAAAUGAGAAACUGGUGACUUUGUUGAAAAUUUGAUAUGAUUCGGAUGAGGGUGGAAUCGAUGGGCGAAGAAGCAGCGUGAGGAAGAAAACUUUGCUCGUUCCAAGGCAAAGGGAAGGUGUUAUAAGUUAGUGCGAUCACACGAUGCUUCAAGAGAUGGAGAUCACUUCGGAGAGGGUGAUCAAAAAUCUGACCAACGUCUCGAACUCGAUGAAUAACAACGAAACGCUGAGGUACAACGAGGAGUUCGAUUACAGCUUCGAUCGCGACCAAGUGGAGAAGAUAGUGGUUGUGGUCGUUCCAAUAUUUUUCGGCAUGAUAGGCAUAUUGGGACUGGUUGGGAAUUCGUUGGUGGUGAUCGUGGUGGCGGCUAACCCGACCAUGAGAUCGACCACGAACAUCUUGAUCAUCAAUCUGGCCGUGGCAGAUCUCUUGUUCGUCAUCCUUUGCAUACCGUUCACCGCCACGGAUUUCGUGCUACCGUUCUGGCCUUUCGGCAAUUUUUGGUGCAAGAUGGUCCAGUACCUCAUCAUCGUCACUGCCUACGCCAGUGUUUAUACUUUAGUCCUCAUGAGCCUUGAUAGAUACUUGGCCGUGGUUCAUCCUAUUUCCUCGAUGUCGUGGAGGACCGAGAACCACGCGAUCGUCGCCAUUUGCAUCGCUUGGGCGAUGAUAUUCGCGAUAUCAACCCCUGCAUUCUUCGUCCACGGCGAGUUUCAGGACAUGGAUGGCUCGUCGUCGGAGAACCUGACGGCUUGUCGAAUCCUACCGCAAUAUAAUUGGCCGUUAUUCCAGAUGUCGUUUUUCCUGAUGAGCUACCUGCUGCCACUGAUGCUGAUAUGCUUCUUUUACAUUUGCAUGCUCAUCAGGCUCUGGCGCACCGAUCGCGUCAGUGCCGAAAGCCGUCGUGGAAGAAAACGAGUCACGAGGCUGGUCUUCGUCGUCGUUGGCGUUUUCGCCUUUUGUUGGUGCCCUAUACAGGUAAUACUAGUGACGAAAUCGUUGGACGUGUAUCCAUUGACAUCAGCGACGAUAAUGGUGCAAAUAGCCAGCCACAUUUUGGCAUACACGAACAGCUGUGUCAAUCCUAUUCUUUACGCCUUCCUCAGCGAUAGUUUUCGAAAAGCUUUUCGAAAAAUUAUUUACUGCAGACCUCGAUCAGAUCAAAACAGACAAUUGGGACCAUUGACGAAGACUACGAGAGCUGCCAGUACCGGUGACAUCAUUUAGGUCACAAAUACUCCGACGCCGGAUUCGUCCAGUUAACAAGCACUGAUUGCGCCGAUUUUACGUCUAAAUUAGAGUGUAUUCGCCGGGUAUUCGAUAUUCGUUGUAACAUGGAACAGUUAUCAUGUGAACUCGAGCGUGCAUUUGUGCCGUUUAACCGU